CUUCCAUUCCCGCAACAGGAUGUGACGUACUGAUUCAGCGACGAACACUGGGGCUUUUGACGUAAACACAGCUUGAAAGGUGCGGAGAAACUUGGGAUCGUCAUCAUGUUUCAUGGAAUACCUGCUUCAGGAGGGAUGGGAGGAGCUCCAGCCAAUAAGCCUGAAUUAUAUGAGGAAGUCAAGCUGUACAAAAAUGCCAGGGAACGGGAAAAGUAUGACAACAUGGCUGAGCUGUUUGCUGUGGUAAAAACACUCCAAGCUUUAGAGAAAGCCUACAUUAAGGACUGCGUGACUCCCAAUGAAUACACAGGCGCCUGCUCCAGGUUGCUUGUGCAGUACAAAGCUGCUUUUAAACAGGUCCAGGGCUCAGAUGUUGGCUCAAUCGAUGACUUUUGUAGGAAAUACAGGCUCGACUGUCCACUAGCAAUGGAGAGAAUAAAAGAAGACAGACCAAUUACUAUAAAGGAUGACAAGGGCAAUCUGAAUCGCUGCAUUGCGGACAUUGUGUCUCUCUUCAUCACCGUCAUGGACAAACUGAGGCUGGAGAUCCGAGCCAUGGAUGAGAUCCAGCCAGACCUUCGGGAACUGAUGGAGACGAUGAACAGGAUGAGCAACAUGCCACCAGAUUCAGAGGCCAAAGACAAAGUCAAUCUUUGGUUGACUACGCUGAGCAGCAUGUCUGCCUCUGAUGAGCUGGACGACUCACAGGUUCGGCAGAUGCUUUUUGACCUGGAGUCUGCCUACAAUGCCUUCAACCGAUUCUUACACUCGUCCUAAACACCUCCAGAUCUUCCACCCGAACUCGCUUUGUAACCAAACUCUCUUCUGUAAAAGAUUUUCCCUUUUUGCUGUCAUCCAGAAUCGUCUCCUGUGAUACAGAACAUGGGUGUUUGGAACUACAGCGGCUCCCUGUGAUCAAGCUGAGAUAUUUUGUUGAAUUAUUGCUAUUAAUACUGAAUAUUGAAUAUCUAUCGUUAAUAUUACUGUCCACCUCAUUUUCUUAGCUCUAACUUCUGACUUGAAUUUAACAAAACAACUAUUUCUGUAUAGCCCUGUUUCUGAUCUUCUAGCUUCAUGCACCCUCUUGACAGAAGCCUUGUAUAUUCAGAUGUCUUUGAGAACACAACACUGGGUUAGUUAGUUCAUGGGAUAAACAUACAUGGGGAAUUUUUUAGCAAUCACUAAAAAUUGGAAUUAGAGUUUGAUUUUAAAUUUAAUUACCUUCUGUCAUGAUAAUUUUACAUUUUGUAAUAAAACAGUAAUCGUUUUGGUUUGCAUUAAUCGUGAUAUCUUUCAGAAGCUCACUGCUGUGUUACUCAGAAGAAGGGCACUAAACUGUACCCUACAUCUUUUGUAUCUUUAGUGUGGAUCUUUUACCUGCAAAGGUGCAUGAAGUGUACCUGUUAUUGUAAAAAAUAAUUAAAUAAUAAUAUUGUAAAAAGUUAAAGGUACAACAGUCAUCCUUAGGGUGUAAUUAUGGUUUUAUAAUUCUUAUUAUAAUAAUAAUAAUAAUUCUUAAGGGUCCACUACCUUUUAAUGUUCUGUGUAAAAGAUAAAUACUACAGGAACAAAAGA